UCUGCAAGUGAACUUGGCUUAAGAAGGCCAGCAGCUCCAGGUCCAGCCCCUAGAAGACAGAACAGCUCCAGGCUCUCCAUCCUCGGACUUUGCAAGGGGACAGUGGUGCCAGCUGGCUCGGGCAGGCUUCUGGCAGCAUGGCAGUAAAGCUUGGGGCCUUCCUGCUGGUGUUUGGGCUCAGUGUGGUGUGGCCAGGGCCAGCUGCUGCCCACCGGAAGCUCCUGGUGUUUCUCCUCGAUGGUUUUCGCUCAGACUACAUCAGUGAGGAGGUCCUGGCGUCCUUGCCCGGUUUCAGAGAGAUUGUGAACAGGGGAGUCAAAGUGGAUUACCUGACUCCGGACUUCCCCAGCCUCUCCUACCCCAAUUACUACACGCUAAUGACCGGCCGCCAUUGUGAGGUCCACCAGAUGAUCGGGAACCACAUGUGGGAUUCCAGAACCAACAAGUCCUUCGACAUCGGGGUCAACCAAGACAGCCUUUUGCCGCUCUGGUGGAAUGGGUCGGAACCGUUGUGGAUCACUCUGAUGAAGGCCAGGAGGAAGGUCUACAUGUAUUACUGGCCAGGCUGUGAAGUGGAGAUUCUUGGUGUCAGACCAACUUACUGCCUAGAAUAUAAAACCGUCCCAACAGAUAUCAAUUUUGCCGAUGCAAUCAGUGGUGCUCUUGACUCAUUAAAGAGUGGCCGAGCUGAUCUAGCAGCCAUAUACUAUGAGCGCAUUGAUGUGGAAGGUCACCACUAUGGCCCCUCAUCGCCUCAGCGAAAAGAUGCCCUCAGAGCUGUGGACAAUGUGUUUCAGCACAUGAUCAAGUGGAUCCAGGAACGUGGCCUGCAGGAUGACCUAAACGUCAUCAUUUUCUCAGACCAUGGCAUGACUGACAUCUUCUGGAUGGAUAAAGUGAUUGAGCUAAGCAAGUACGUCAGCCUGGAUGACCUGCAGCAGGUGAAGGACCGAGGGCCCGUUGUGAGCCUGUGGCCAGCCCCUGGAAAACACUCUGAGAUAUAUCACAAACUCAGCACAGUGGAACACAUGAGUGUGUACGAGAAAGAAGCGAUACCCAGCAGGUUCUACUACAAGAAAGGGAAAUUCGUGUCUCCUUUGACUUUGGUGGCCGACGAAGGGUGGUUCAUAACGGAGAAUCGAGAGGUGCUUCCGUUCUGGAUGAACAGCACUGGCAAGAAGGGAGGCUGGCAGCGUGGAUGGCAUGGAUACGACAAUGAACUCAUGGACAUGAGAGGCAUCUUCCUGGCCUUCGGACCUGAUUUCAAGUCCAACUUCAGAGCUGCUCCCAUCAGAUCGGUGGAUGUCUACAACAUCAUGUGCAAUGUAUCAGGCAUCACCCCACUGCCCAACAAUGGGUCCUGGUCCAGGGUGGUAUGCAUGCUGAAGGAUCAGACCAGCUCAGCUCCAUCCACCCCACUGAACCACUGUGCCCUGGUCUUGAUUCUCCUCUUAUAUUUUGCAUAACUGGUCAUAUCGCUCAUUCCAAAGCACUGUUGCAGUAAGGCCUGCCUCCAACAUGGGACAGUUUUCAUUUUCUUUACGAAUAAUAGCUUUAUUAACACAAUCAAGGCCAUUGAAGUUGUAAACAUAUUAUUCUUGGAUGAUUAUAUACAUAAAGUCCCUUCUUUUAAAAAAGAAACUUUUUAAACUCUGUUUUACCUAAAAGUUUGUUAUUUUGAUCUUUUCAUUCACUUCACUAUACACGUUUUCUCCUUAGCACAUCCUUACUGAAGACCAACAGUGUGAGCAGUGGUCUGUCCCAGUAACAGCCAGUCAUCAAAUGGAUAUCCUGUAGUCUUCCUGGGUCCCUUUCAUCCUGCCUUGCCCUAUCAAUCAGGCCCUCUGUGUCCUGUUCACAUUCAAGUGCUCAUACUUGGGAUCUGCAGCCAUAAUUCUGCACUGUCUUUUCUAUUCCGGAAAGAGGAGGUCUAGUCACAGGAAAGCAACACAGGCUGUCUGUUUCCACCCCGGUGCAUGGCGUUUUUAAGAACACAGUCUCAGAAAGCAAGCAGGCCAGUAGAGAUCACCAACCAACCAAUUCAAGUAUCAAAAAACAACUAAACUCACAGAACUGGCGGAAGCCAUGAUUUCCUCUCUCAAAGUCUGAGAAGACAAAUGGCUUCUCAAUUUCAUUGAGUGCUUACAUUGUAGGGUCCGUGAGGCUUACUACACAAUCUCUCAUAGUCUAAAGCCUUGUGAACCACAGGCCCUGAACAUUGAUGUGUACUGAUCAUCUGCCUACCUGGUUCAUCUGCCUAUGACCUCUUCCUUCCUCCAGACACUGCCGCUCUUUCGCUCUUGAGUCAGGGUGCAGGGCAGGUAAAUACCUGAUAUUGUCAGUAUAGGCUUAGAAAGGAAGAGAUGAGCCGGGCGGUGGCGGCGCACGCCUUUAAUCCCAGCACUCGGGAGGCAGAGCCAGGCGGAUCUCUGUGAGUUCGAGGCCAGCCUGGUCUCCAGAGCAAGUUCCAGGAAAGGCGCAAAGCUACACAGAGAAACCCUGUCUCAAAAAAAAAAAAAAAAAAAAAGGAAGAGAUGUCUCAGCAAUAAUAAUACGAACAUUAGAAAUCUUAACUCAUUGCUAGGAAUGGUGAUAUAUCAAACGCAAGUUUUGUAUUUCAGGAGUCCAGAAGAGGACUAUAAAAAGAGUUGAUUGUAUUUUUAAACAAUUAGAGGCACGUGCAUGUGCACAUGCGUGUACACACACACACACACACACACACACACACACACACAUACACACACAUCUCUACAUAUGAUGGUUAGACUUAGGUUUUUUUAUACUUUUUUAUGGUGAGGAAGCAAGACACAUUCAAUAGAGUGCAAUCUGAUUUUUGAACUUGAACAUUUUCUCAGCUUAGUAUUAUGCAACGUGACACUGUCUCACGAGGCUGGCCAGAAGCAGCAACAAGCCACAGCUCCCAACCAGCCACAUGAUCCUGGGUGUAAACACAUAAUAUCCUAGAGCAUCGCGUGCGGCUAAACAAUGAGGUUUUAUAGGAUGCUGCAUUAAAUUCAUUUUGACUGAAUAAUAUUUCCAAUUUAUGACGGGUGUAUUGGGAUGUGACCCCAUCAUAAGUUGAGGAGCUUAUGAAUCUUGUUGCUUUGCAUUCGAAAUGAGUUGGCACUAAAUGAGUCACUAACAGUGACACUGUGUUGGGAAAAGAUAAAACAUCAGCUCUCAGGAGGAGGAAGCUUUUAUUUGGUGCUUGCCUGGACAGAAACAGCUCUCCACAGCACCCGGGUUUGGUAAAGAUGGGCUUGCCUUGAGUCAAGAGAGCAAAAGAUCACUGCUUAAAAAUGUUGAGUUUAGUCUCACAAAAGAUUUCUAAGGAUUUAUGUAAUGUGUUUUUAAAAGCUCCAACAAACCAUGGAAUCAACUGGAAAGGAGGCGAAUCAGCCUUUGUUGUGUGGUUGAAAGCAAAUUAGUACUUUCAGAGCACUGCUACGAGCUGUGGACACAGAUAUCCAUUGUUCAGAGUUUUCUUUUCCCCUCAAGAAUGGUGUUUUGUUGAAUUCCAGGAAGCUGGCUUGACUUCCUCUUCAGAAGGAUUUCUGAGAGACAUUCAAGUGAUGAAAUUAAAAGUGAAUUAUUAAAAUCAAGAGGGGAUAAUAAGAUUUCACACACUAUUGCAUUUUUCUUUCUUGGUCUGUUCUGUUCUCUCCACUCACCCUUAAAAACCCUUUAAGUUGUAUAACAGCAGUUCAGAUCUCUGUCUGAUAAAGUAUAAUUUCUCAAUAAGUAAUGUUGAAUAAAUGAAUGAGAUACCAAAGGAAUCUUGAGUAGAGGUCAAUAAUAAAAUUGAGGGAAAACAUCUUUAGUCUAAAACUAACGCAUACAUUCUGAUGACAUAAUUAGUUGGCUGAAAUUCCCUUCCUUUUAGUUUUACUUUAAAGUCUAAUUAUUUUCCCCAGUUAAAAAUCUACCCCCCCCCCACUAUUAACCCUGCUUAGCCUCUGAUGAGAUACAGUAUGUUCAUGGUGCUAUGGCUCUACCCUUCACUUUCUCUAAAUGUCAUGUGUUCUAUAAAGUAAGAUGUACUGGGAAUAUGCACACACACACAUCCUUCCUCCUGAAGUUUUCUGAGACUUUACUGCUAACCCCAGGAGUGGGAUAACUGAGUGGACCUACCACAGAGAAAUGAAAGGGAUGUUCUUUAAAUUAAAGAGGAGACUAAGGGAUACUUUCUCUGCCCAUGUGCCUCAACUCCAGAAUCCAAUUUAAUUAAGUUCUAAAGACCUAACCAUAAACUACAAUAGGUCCAGGGAAUUCUUGCAAGCCUAGAAGAGUCUUAAAUUAUAAAGGCCCAAUUCUCUUCACUUUUUGGGAAUCCAUAUCAGAUCUGAGUUCAGCCACAGAUAGUACCUCGCAAACCCUUCCAGAGUAAGAGGGAUAGGGCCCCAGACAACACUUGUAAGUCAUAAUAAUGAAAGUCUGGGCUUGCUCCAAGGAGACAUGGGUUUUGACUCAAUCCCGGGAUAUCUGAAUCCCCGGAGAACUAUUUCAUAAUUAGGCAGUUUCUCCGGGGAUCAUCAGCUGACAUUGGCCACUGACCAACCCCAUUUGGGUCAGGCUUCUAUCCCUCCAAAACCAAAGUGGGAGGCAGGGUCUGAAAACUCUUGGGGAGGAAGAAACUUGUGGAGGAAAGAGCAAUAGCAAAGUCAGCUUCUGCACGCCCUGCCUUGUGGUUCUAAGAAUCCCAACGGUGCUAUCAAACCAACUUGGACGUUGUUCAAGAUGCACAGCUCUUUUGUGGAAUUUUCUAACUGUUUCGAGUUUGUGUAAAUGUCAAGAGAUUUCCAAGUGUGAUUUGUAUUUUACCUUUUAAAGCAACUUGUGAUGGACCAAAGUCAGCUACUACAAAUUUUUUGCUACAGAAAAGGAAGGCAUCAUCAAUGCCCACUGGUUAUUAAACAUUUAAAACUUGGUCUCAAGUUUACACUAAGGAGAAUAUGUGUUGCUCAGAAAUCAUAAAAUAGCACCUAGUACAGUGCUUUAAAUGUUUAUAUUUUGAAUGGAAAAAAAAGAAUAAAUGUCAACAGGGAGACUUAAA